CUAAAGAAGAAUGGACAGCUCUUCGCGCCGGCUGUAUUCGCCAUGGCCUCUCCACGGUCGGGUGGCGCCAUGGCCUCUCCCUCUGGCCAUGUUUCGAUUGCCAGUAUGUCUGGCCAAGAAGUGGCUCACUGGACCUGGGAGGAGGUGAAGGAGAGAUCGGUUGGUUCGCUCAAGACCGUUUUGGCCAAGAAGAUUGGCAUCAACCGCUUCCGGCAAGUGUGGCUUGAUGGAGAUGGCGAUUGCAAGUUGACGGAUGAGGCCCAACCUACAGCAAACAUGCAGCUGGUGGUGCUGCAGUGCGAGGAGUGCAGUUUGUCAGUGUUGGAGAAGGUGUUCUGCGCCUGCAACGAAGAUCGCAGGGCGGACCUAGAAGAGCUCCUGUGCAUUCCUGUAGUCCCUGAUGCCAUGGCAGAGGAGCACUGGGAGAAUUGUCCUGGGCAGUGGUUGGGCAAGCGUGCGCUGCAUGUUGCUGCAGGUGCUGGCAGUCGGGAAUGCACGAAGUUGCUGCUUGAGGCAGAUUGUGAUGUUGGGUUGAAAGAUAGAAAUGGCCGGACAGCGUUACAUCAUGCCGCGGACGUUGUUGUUGUGAAUCUGUUGCUCAAAAUGAGCGCAGAUCUAAAUUUGCAAGACUUGCAAGGAGAGACACCUCUGAUUCGAGCAGCCAGAUGUGGCCGCCCGAAAGUUGUGCGGCAUUUGCUGGGGCUCGGUGCCGAUCGAAACGUCCGGAACACGUGUGGUGAGACCGCCUUGCAACUUGCACGAAGUCUCAUCGCCAUGGACACCGUGUCCAAGCCUGAACGCCCCUGGAGCCGCUGUGUGCAACUCCUGGAAGCAGCGCAGCGGAAAAGAGUUUAGCGCCCGCAAAGGGUCAGGGAAGUUGUAGGGAAAAGUCUCGAUCCGACUGCUUGAGCAUGUGUCUUUUGUUGUCUUUUUCUCAUUUGGUUGCCUGUAGUGAGCGCUGGCAGCACUUGCGAGCUCUUGGAUGUGACCGUGACCUUGAGCAGCUUGGGUCAUAUUUGGGGUACACGAAGGACGUUGGACUCCAAUGAGUGGACUCAUCACAUGUCG